UCGUCCGUCACUUCCGGUCCGCUCAAACAGCAUUUUUGGAAAAUUGUGUUUUAAAUUUUUUUUAAAUCAAAUGAUCUACAAUUUUUUUCCAUCAGAAUAUGUUUUAAACUUAUCAAAUUUUAAUAUGAGCAUGUCGUCCGUCACUUCCGGCCGUCAGCGGAAGUAAUUCUAAUAUUUCGAUUUUUGGAAUUUUAAAGCAUAUGCGUUUUGUUGACAUUUUUGUACUGAAUACAAAACUAAAAACCGUUUUAAAAUCCGACAACGCAUUGCGGUGAUAUUGAAGUUUAAAAUGACGUUUUCUGGAAAUCUGCAUUUCGCAGUGUAGGAUGAAAAAUUAGUUUAAAAGGAAGAUAAUAUGAUAGUAAAUCGUACCAAAUGUCAACAGUUUAAUUUAACCCUAUCAAUUCAAAAUCAAACGAAAGACCCACUUGUUGCUCGCAACAAGGUGCUUUCAGGUAAUUCAGGCAUUUUCGAGAAAUUAAGCGUCAAAAUUCCGAAGCGAAAGUCUGAGUAGCUCAAUCGUUAGAGUCGUGGACAUGGCCCAGGUGACCCGGGUUCAAGCCCCAAUUGCCGCAAUUUUUUUUACUAUUUUUCGCUUAGAUCUACGAUUUUAUCUUUGAAGUGAUAAGUUUAAUCUAAUCCAUUCAGAAAUCGGACGGAAGACCCAUUAGUUGCUCACAAUGAGAUCGUGUCUAGUUAUUCUCUCUGUUCCUUACCUAUCUAAAAUGAUGCUGCUUAUUUAAGAUACCGUCUAAAAUUAUUUUAGAUAUUGCGGCGAAGAUUAAAAUUGGAUGUCAUGAAUUGGUUAUCUAAGGGAAAAAGAGUUCGUAGAGUUCCACUCAACUUUUCUUAAUGUUGAUACUCGGCCUUCUAUAGCUGCAAUCUUUGAUGCCAAUUAAAGAAAGCAAAACAGUUCAACCUUUAAUGACACACAGAAUCUGUCUGAUUUCAAAUGCACGGGUUUCAUCUGAAUUUCAUUGAGGGUAUUUCAGUUCCAGUAAAUUCCGAUACCUUUCAACUCCGACAGUAAUAUUCUACUUAAUUAUAGAACGAGUUCCUAUAGAGCAUAGUCAAGAGGGAAACUUUCAAAUGAAUCUUUCCUUAACGCAAUUACGUAGGGUGCCGAUAUGAAAUUAAUUAGAUUAAGUUGAUGUGACUAGAUACAUAAAGAAGGAAAUCGUAGACCCUGAUUGGACUAAAUGCUCGGUUCAUCCGAGUGACGAAUGCCGUUAAAUGUAUUAAUAUUAGAAUUCUUUAGUCUCUACUUCCACUUCAGUUCCUUCCUCCGCGGUAAAAUCGAUACAAACAAACGCCUCUGUUUAGUAUUUAGAAAUGUGCUCACGUUUAGAAUUGAGAUAGACGAGUCGAAGAAGACUUUUUGUGAUAUAAAAAUGCCUGUCGUCUGCUGUGCACGUGCGGGAUGCUGACGUCAAGUUUUACACAUUUUUCGCUUCGUGAAGUUCCCCGUGAGCAUGCGUCAAUAUGCCAAUGACACUUCCAAUCAAUAGCAACUAUCACGAUAAAGAUGCCCAGACACUGCUGGAGUACUUACCUCAUCUUCAGUCGCAGCUCUCCGUGGGUGAGGAGGAGGUGGCCUUCCUCAGGAGGUUCCUUAGAAGGAAGGAGGUGCAGGCCACCAUGAAAUCCUAUAAAAGUAUAUCAAUUCUAAGCUACAGAAAAUUGCGUCCAGUUUCCAUGGCAGCCGUUGCUCUCGCGGCAAAUAUUUUCUGUGAUAUUCGAAGAUGCAACGACCAUUCUGAACUUUCUGAGGAACUGCUAGAAAUUCUGUCAAAACCAAACGUACAGGCCCUGCUUUACACACAUGACGUCGUUGCCAAACGUGACUACGACACCGGAAAUUGCACUUCCAAAGUAGACAGACAAAGAGAGGAGAGUAAUGUUAAGGUCGUGCAGCUGGUGAAAAAAGACGAACCGCUGGGAGUAACAAUUCAGGAAAAUGAAAACACAGGCAUUAUAGAAAUUGCCCGGAUAUUGCACGGCGGAGCAGCCCAUAGAAGUGGUCUAAUUCACGUGGGAGAUGAAAUUCACGAAAUCAAUGGAAUCAAAUUCAUGGGCCGAAAUCCAGACGACAUGGCAAACUUGUUGGCCAGAAUAACUGGACCCGUGACACUGAAACUCGUACAAAGGCAGGAAGAGCCCUCCCAAAAACGGGCAAGUAAUACACGAGUGAAAGCACUGUUUUCUUACGACCCAAAGGAGGAUACAAUUAUACCUUGUCAAAAUGCUGGUCUUUCCUUUACAAGAGGCGACAUUUUGCACAUUGUUUCCCAAGAAGACCCAAUGUGGUGGCAAGCUAGACCUGAAAAGGAUUUGGAAGGGAUGACGGGUAUUAUACCAUCACAGCUUCUACAGGAAAGACGUGAAAUGUUGCAAGAACUUACAACAAAGAAAGAAGUAAAAAGCAGAAGAGCACGAUCGGUCAGUCCUUGUAAAGUUAGUCCUCGUAUCCCAAGGUCAAAGAAAGUCAAAAAGGUCAUGUAUCAAGCAGUUCAAAAUGGAGAAUUUGAAAUGGGCAAUAUUCCUACAUAUGAAGAGGUAGAGUUGAUGAAACCCGAUCCCGACCAUAAUAGGCCGCUCAUUCUGGCAGGUGUUUCUAACGUUGGCAGGAACGAGCUGAAACAGAGACUGAUGGGAAGCAAUCCGUCACAGUUUGUUGAUGUUGUCCCAUAUACCUCAAGACCACCCAAAUCCUAUGAAGUCCAGGGUCGAGAAUACAACUUUAUAACGAGGAGGGAAAUGGAAAGUGCAAUUUUAGCUAGAAGAUUUGUUGAACACGGAGAAUACAAAGAUCAUCUCUAUGGAACCAGAAGGGAUUCCAUUUUGUCUAUAGUAGAUUCCGGAAGAGUACCCAUUUUAACUCCAAGUGCAAAGGCAUUACGGUAUUUACGAACAUCUGAGAUCAAACCAUUCAUAAUCUUCAUCAAACCUCCGUCUUCCGCUUGUUUUCUGGAAUCACGGCUCAAAUACAACGCCAUGUUUACCAGCGAGGACGGCAGCGCCACUCCUUGUUCAGAGGGCAUCAUAUCAGCUGUUAUUGAAAAAAGUGCCAAACUUGAGUACAACUUUGGACACCUGUUUGAUUUUGUUAUUGUUAAUGACGACAUAUCACGUGCUACGGAGGAGCUUAUCAAGGUAGCGGGUAGUGUAUCCAAAGAUCUCCAGUGGGUGCCAGCUGCGUGGGUGGAAUAGAAGGACGGAAGUCUGAACCCCUCAAAAUACUAGAAAUAUGCAUAUCUGAUAAAUCAAAAUAAA